AUGCAAAUUAUUGAUCUGCAAUCCAAUCCAAUUUGGGUAAAUAAAUUUGUGAAUAUGCGGAAGCUUGUUGAAGAUUUAGAAAGCCAUCGAUCCCAAAAUGUGGAAUCAGAAUGUUUCAUGGAAAGUAAAAUUUUAGAAGCUUGGAAUAGUAUGCCAGAUACCUUUUAUUCUGUCAAAAAAUUAGCAAUCUCGUUGUUAACGAUUUUCUCUUCCACUUACUCUUGCGAAAGUCUUUUUUCCGUUUUGAAUCAUGUACAUUCAAAGACUAGAAACAGAUUAACAGAGGAAGAUUCGGCAGCAUGUAUUACUCUGCAGUCAACAAUGUACCAGCCCGACAUAAAAACUCUUGCAAAUGCAAGCUCUAGAGAUUUAGCCAACUCUGACAGCAUUAAAAAUAAUAAAAACGGAAAUGAUAAGGACAUUAACAUAUACGAAAAGACUAAUAUUACAAACGUCAUAAAUAUUAAUAAAAAAAACUAUACUAGCAAUAAUGAAAUAACUGAUGAUAUUAAGAAAAGUUCAAAAGAUCUCAAUACCGAUAUUAAUACCAACACCGCAGUGAGUUGCGCAACGGAAAUUUCGAAAUACCCAAACGAAGAGAUCAAAGGACAGUUAAAGGUGAAGACCUUAAAUAAAUACUUCAAUAACAUUUUCAAAAUGCGCAAACGUUCUUCUUCAAACAGUAAUGAUGCUAGUUAUGCAUUAGCACCAAAUAACAACAACAGUAAUAAGAAUAGCGAUAUCAUUUACAAUAACGACAGCAACAAUAAUAUUAAUACUGCUAAUAUCUGUUAUGAUGGUAUAACACAAACUAGCAUUAAAGUGCUUAUCGAUCAAGAUGGGUUACCCACGAAUACGCAACAACUUCGUAAAAUCUAUGAAAAUGUGGAUAUUGCUAUUCUAAUGGAAGUGUGGGUAUUUGAUAAUGAAAUUGAAAUACGUCGUAUACAAAACUAUGAAGCUAUUUAUAAUUGCAGAAAUGAAAAGAGGGUGCAAAGAGAAGUCAUAUUAACAAUCGCAUCGCAAAAUGCGGAAAAUGAUGAAUCGCACAAUAAAAUACAGAAGAUGAAGAAGAAUAAUGUAUCUGUCUCAAUAAUCCAAGCGAUAACAAUGAAUAAACGCAUUCAAACUUUUGUAGAAUCUAUAAUUCACUAUGAUACAAACCAAUAUGAUUUGUUAUUUGAUCCCAAUAUUGAAAGAAGAUGCACUGAUUCUGCUGUGACGGUAACACUAGAUCACAUUUUUGAUGUUCUGAAUGAAGGAUAUACUGCGGGAAUAUUUAUUGAUCUGAGCAAAGCGUUCGAUGUGGUAAAUUACAGCGGACUACUAGAUUUUCUUGAAUAUUUGGGUAUUCGAGGAACAGCAAAUAGUUUGUUAAGAAGUUAUCUAUUAAAAAGGGUACACUGCGUACGAAUAAAUAAAACGGCAAGUACAGAGCUACUUAUAAACACUGGCGUACCUCAAGCUGAUGAUAAUACUGUAAAUAACAAUUGGGUUAGCACAGUUGCAAAUACUAAUUUAGCAACGGUUACUAGAAAACGUAAGAAAAAGUCUAUAAAUAAUUAUAUUAGUAAGGAGUGGAUUAAUAAAGAAUUAAUAUCAGCAGUAGAGUCAAAACAUUAUUGGUAUUCUAAAUUUAAGGGUGACGGAGCAAAUAGAAAUGUAGAAAGAAAUUUUAAGUACUAUAGAAACAUUUAUACGAAAUUAAGGCGAAUAAAAAAGGAAAAGUACUAUGAAUGGUUAUUUAGAAAUAGCAGAAAUGAUUCGGCGAAAACUUGGAAUUGCAUAAAUAAAAUUUUGUAUAACUCAGGGAAAAAUUAUAGUGUACUAGAAUUGUUAAGAGACACAAGUGAACUAGAAGCUGUAAAUAUAAUUGAUGAACUUAACGUACAUUUUGCAACAGUGGCAGAAAAAUUAAUUAACGCGUUAAAGAAAACAAAAUCGAUUGAUUUACAUGAUAUGACAUCCAACAUGCUUAAAUUUUGUAUUGAACACUUAAGAGAACCUUUGGCAACGAUAAUCAAUGAGUCACUUAAUGAAGGUGUAGUUCUAAAAUAA